GCACAAGGAAAAUCAGAUCUAGAAAGAAUCUAACCCUUAAUCUUAAAAAAUCUGGACACCAUCCCCCUUCAUAUAGAGAACUGAACUUUAAAUCUACUUUUUGGAGAGCAACUAUUGGUUUUCAGUAGCCAUGAUCUGGAUCCAAUCCCUCAUUCUCUAAAAAUUAGGAUCCAGAAGUUCAGAAAGGCCAUAUCUGAGGUCCUUAGGGGUAAACUAGGAAGCAGACAGCCUGGGGUAUGAGAGGAGAGAAACAACUCUAGCUUCCACCUGGUCUGUAGUAACCUGAACUUCUACUCUCAGGUAACAGUUAAUAAUUGAAGAGGACUGGCAGCCUCUCUUGGAGCAUCUGUCUUUAUCUUUAUCUCUCUUUUCCCCAGUCUGGGGCUUCUUCACUCUUGUCCUAUUUUCUGUUCCAGGCUGUGCCUUCAGAUCAGGUAAGUAGGAACUCUAGGAAGCCCCCAACCUCACAACUUAAGGAGAGAGAGUGACAGUGCUAGGAACUAGAAUCUAGGAUUCCUAAUUUAUUUUUUCAUUUUCUGGGAGUGAAAAGUAAUGUUUUUCAAAGUUACCAAAUUUAGGAAGAGGUCAUUCAUUUAGAAAAUCUAAAAAUACAGAAAAAAGAAUUUUGUGUUGGGAGUUAGAGUUUUAGGUUCAAGGUCUGGCUCAAUAUGUGAUCUUGGGGGUAUUUCUAACCCUAAUGCCUCAAAAACACUCACUCACUAGCAGCCAGGUGUCUUAUUAGAGAGGCUGGCACAUAAGAGAUUUCACAUGUUGAACCAGUCUAGAGGAGCUCUGAGGGCCUUUGUUUUUCUGUGGCUCUUCUCUGCAUGUCUUCAUCUGUCCUAUCCUUUCCUUCCUGCAAACUCCUGGAGGAGCAAAAUCAUGUCUCCUGCCAUUGCACUGGCCUUCCUGCCCCUGGUGGUGACCCUGCUGGCCCGAUACCGCCACUACUUCCGGCUGCUGGUCCGGGCUGUGUUACUUCGGGGGAUUCGUGACUGCUUGACAGGACUACGGCCUGAGGAACGCGCUUUUAGCUAUGUGCUGACCAAUGCCCUGCCUGGAGACCCUGGCCACAUCCUUGCCACCUUUGACCACUGGAGCAGCCGCUGCGAGUACCUGGCCCACCUGGGACCUCUAAAAGGUCAGAUCCUGACACGCCUAAUUACACAACAGGCCCCAGAGUUGGUGCUAGAGCUGGGCACCCGUUGUGGCUAUGCUACCCUGCUCAUUGCUCAGGCCCUACCUCCGGGAAGUCGGGUCCUCACUAUUGAGAUGGACCCUCGGACAGCAACCGUGGCAGAAAAAGUCAUCCGCCUGGCCGGCUUUGAUGAGUGCAAGGUGGAGCUGAUCGUGGGGCGCUCUGAAGAGGUGAUCCCCCACCUAAAGACCCAAUAUAGACUACAUGGAGCUGGACUAGUGCUCCUAGGGCACCGGCCUCGCUGCUACCUGCGGGACCUGCAGCUCCUGGAAGCCCAAGCUCUGCUGCCUAUUGGUGCCACUGUGCUGGCAGAUCAUGUGCUAUUCCCAGGGGCACCACGCUUCCUGCAGUACGCCAAGGCCUGUGGUCGCUACCGCUGUCGCCUCCACCACACUGGACUCCAAUACUUCCCUUCCAUCCGUGAUGGUUUGGCCCAGCUCACUUACUUGGGGCCAGGCUGAGGAAGGCCCAUUCUUCUUAGGAUCACAGGAUGUCAAGCUGGAAAGGCCCCUCUGACCACAGAGUUCAAAUUCAUUACAGAAGAGAAAUCUGAGACCAAGGUCAUACACAUAAUAAGUAGCAGAUUGGUAUCUGCACUCGCUUUUUCAGACUCUAAUUCCAGCCCUGUCUCCUUGAGCAUCCCUCCUAGCACACUACAGAUAAUAUAGAAAAAACAUUGUUUCUCACAAGAGACUCUGAGAGCAACUGAUAAGGCUCUCCCUGUUCCCUCUGCUCAGCCAAGGUCUCCUCCCCUACAGCAAUCUGGUCCCACAAAGGUCUGGGCUCAGCUUGGAUCCAGGGUCCUCAGAGGGGUUGAGAGAGAGAAGGGAAAGAGGCCAAGAGGAGGGGAGAUCUAAGGGUAAAGGGCAUCAGUGUGGUUGAAAGAACACUGGGCUUGGAGUUAAGAGAGCCUGGUGUGAGCUCCAGCUUUCAUGCUGGCAGCGACCUUGGACAAAUCACUUCCCUCUCUGAACCUAUCUAUAAAAUGGAAUGCCUACGCCAUAGAAUUGUUGUGAGCAAAGUGUUUGUAAGUCUUGAAACACUAAGGAAUGGGAGCUUUUAUUCUUUUUUCCAAUCAGUACGUAGUUCACCUGUCUGGAAACCUGCCUCCUUCCCACAUAGGCAGGGGUAGGUAUGUCCACAAAAGCCCAGCAUCCAUUUUUAGGGCUGUUUCCCACACUCCUGGAUCUCUCUGCCCAUUCUUUUCCUUUUUCCCAUUCCAAAACUCCUCAUUCCUCUUCUCCAGCCUUCUGGUCUCUAGGACGUUGGCUUCUAGCACUUAUAGAGUCUUAUGUAAAGGAAAAAGGGAUGCAGAGCUGGUAGAGUGGAAAGAAUGCUGAAGGAUCAUAGGAUUAUAGAAUGUUAGAGCUGGGUUUACAGAGAAAAAGUCACAGGUCAAAGAUGACUUGUAUAAGGUCACAUGGCUAAUACAUAGCAGAACCCAGGUUUUCUGAUUCAUAGUCAAGUCACUGUUUGUGUUAGUUCAUAUGCUUUUUUUUUUUUAAAAUUCUUUUUUUUUGUUGUUAUUAUAGCUUUUUAUUUACAAAUAUAUGCAUAGGUAAUUUUUCAGCAUUGACAGUUGCAAAUCCUUUUGUUCCAACUUUUUCCCUCCUUUCCCCCACCCCUUCCCCCAGAUGGCAGGUGCUCAUAUAUGUUUUCACAAGUCAGAAGACCUUGUCUGAUUUCCACUUAUUAGCUGAAUGACAAUAGAUUUGGACUUCCUUUCCCUGGAACUAUUUCUUCAUCUGAACAUAGAGAUAACAAUAUGUGCACUAAGUAACACAUGCUAAGCUACUAUAGAAAUGUAAGCUAUUAUUAGUUCCUUUUCUCCAAUCAGUCCCCAGCAUUGUCUAGCCCUUCUACUAGGCAAGUGGUAUGGCUGCCUGUGUGACUACUCAAAGACACCAGCGACAAAAAUGGUACUAAGGGGGAUACCCCUAUCACUGUCUAAAACCUAUCUUGGGGCCCUGAAUUCCUAGGAAGGCUAAUCCUUUUCUAAAUCAAUUAAAACUCAAAGUCCUGGGACUCAGUUUCAGGCAAGAACUCCAUGGUCUUUUUUCUAACACUGUAAGAUUCUGCAAAGCACUUUCCCAUACCAGGCUGUGAGGUAAAUACUAUUUAAUCUCCAUCUUACAGAAACUAAGGCUCAAGUGGAUCAAGUGACUUGACCAAGGCCCAUAGUCACAAAACUAUGAAUACUGGAGCCAAGAGGCCAUUCAGCUCAAUAAGCAUUAAGUGCCUCUUCUGGGUCAGGCCCUGUGCUAUGGGCUGUGCAGAAAAGACAGCAAUAUGUCAUCUCUGGAUGCCAAAUGGAGUGCACUUUCUACUAGGUCAUCCUGU